GCCCCCUUGGAGCCUUGCAGCGGUACGAGUAGGAUAUCAGAGCGCCUAGUCUCGUUACCCCCUUGUCGUCUCCAUACCAACCGACCCCUGACAGAUUGGGGGGGAAUAGGGGGGCAAGAAAGUGGUAAGGGUGACACAGCAGACCACACGCCACCACACGCACCUCCACAUCACAUCACAUCACAUCAAAAUAUUGAUAUCAUAUCGCGCCAACGGCAUCACGGUAACGACUCCGCGAUAACGCCUCAACAGACCAGACCUAUCCUAUCGACCAUUCCGACAGACGAGAACGAGACGGAAUGGACGGACCGUUGACAAGCUCAACUACUACUAUUACCACUCGGUACCCGGACUCGGUCCUCCAUCGAUUAUGAUUUGCAUUGUUGCGCCGUGUAACCCCAGGCGCGGGAUGAGAUGGGAUGGGAUGGGAUGGACAUGGUCUGAUCGCACCCACGGCGCAAUUUAAAACAAAUCAAAUGGCCGGCCUGUCCGUGCGUUUCACGGAAAUUUCCUCCCACAGCCCCCCCUUGUCGUUUUCAUUUUGAACCAAAAAGGAAAAAAGCUUGAUUACCGAGUACUGGCACUGGCACUGGCACUGGCACUGGCACUGGCUGACUGGGUGAGUGGGUGGGUAGAUACCUUAGGUAACUAGGUAUUCGUAGGUAGGGGCUGGGAUGGGAUAGGGGGUAGGCGUCGCUGGGAGUCAUGCCACGAGCCAGGCUUGCAGAGGUGGCCUUGUCUGCAAUCUUGUUUCCUCUGGCCGACGAUCUCCAUUUGGCGAACAGGACGUUGUUUGUUAUUCAGGGAGCGAGGAGAGGAUAGGAUAGGGAAAGGUUCACUACACAAAGUGCGAAUUUGGGCACAAAAGAAGUGUUUCAUGGAGUUGAAUGAACCACACUGUACCGAGUCCUCCACGCACUAGUACUUUUCGCUUCAAUGAUUACAAGGCAGAAGAUCCUCAAAAA